CGGGCCACGGCGCUUCCUGGCCCCGGCGUCCCCGGACCAUGGCGCUCUCUGGGCUCUUCUCUAGCUCUCAGCGGUUGCGACGUCUGUAAACCUGGUGGCCAAGGUGAAGCCAGGGCCGGGCGCGAUGGCUCACGCCAGUAAUCCCAGCAGUUUGGGAGGCCAAGACAGGCGGAUCACCUGAGGUCGAGAGUUCGAGACCAGCCUGGCCAACAUGGUGAAACUCUGUCUACUAAAAAAAAAAAAAAAAAAAAAAAAAAAUUUACCGGGCGUGGUGGCGCAUGCCUGUAAUCCCAGCUACUCGGGAGGCUGAAGCAGGAGAAUUGCUUGAACCCGGGAGGCAGAUGUUGCAGUGAGCCGAGAUCGCGCCGUUGCACUCCAGCCUGGGCAACAAGAGCGAAACUCCGUCAAAAAAAAAAAAAAGAAAAAAAAAAGGUGAAGCCAGAAGUCGUGCUUGCCAAAGGGUCAAGUUUGUUCUCCCUCAAAGCCCCUGUUGAAUAUUGAACUAUCACUUUCAAGGAAGAGUAAAAGAGUAACUCCACGAUGCAUCUUAGAGAGGAGUGGAUUCCCUGUUCUCACCCAGGCGUAGAUGCCAGGGGCCAGGUAGCUGAAAUCCAGGCAAACCAGGCAUUGACAAAGUACAGACUUCUACCGAAUAUACCAGACAGAUAAGCAAGCUGUGUUUAAAACAAACAGCAGAGUGGUAGAAGAGGGGUCUUUCAAAGAUUGUAAGAAGAGUAGGUUUUAUUUUUGUGGAGUGGAGAAAUAAGUUCAUGCUUUGGAACCCAUCAAAUCUGGGUCCAAACUUGGAUUCUGUCACUUCUAUGCUGUGACUUUGGGCAAGUUCCUUGGCCUCUCCAAGCCCCUGUUUUCCCACCUGUAAAAUAAAGAGCAACUCUCUCCUGAGGCUAGCAUAGUUCAGCGAGAUGAUGUGCAUCACACACCUGGAAGGUGGUGGCGCUGACAGGUGCUCUGGCGGGGGUAGUUAUUAGACACUGGAGUGGCAGUUUGUGCCCGUUAAUUGUUUACUUGGUACUGCCACUAUGAGGGAGAAUGUUUGUCUAUAAAAUGUCCCCUUCAACGCUCCAUUCCUUCUCCUGCCCUGCUGCCCCGCUCAGGGCCUUAGCGGGCUUUAAGUCUGGAAUCUUAGGCUGCAAAUUCCCUCAGUCCCCCAGGGCAUAUUAAUGGCUCUGGAACACAGUUUUACUGCAUGUGAUAGGAAUGAAUAUUUUGACACACACACACACACACAAAAGCUGUUCUUAAUCUUGAGACUUCCUCCCCUCUGUUGCCACAUAUAUGUCUUUUAAAUGGCUUUCCAAGAAAGCUGGGCUGUGCACAGUGUCUCAGAAUUAGUGUAUGUGCACACACACGCACGUUGCUCCCUGCUGACAACAUCCUCAGACCAUACCCAUGGUGUUCCUGUUUUGCUCCUGACUCUUGGCCUAGGGACAGUGAAUCUUUCUUCAAUGACCGAGGACAGUCAGGGAUCUGAGGAAGGGAGAACCCAAAUUCUACAAUUGCUGAUGCCUGCGUCCCAGCUGGAACUUUACCCUGGUACACGCUGUGUGCAUCAUGGAUGGUCACUUUGAUCCUAACAGCAGUGCUGUUUAGAUUAGACAUCAGAAAUAGAAACAGUAAGUAAUAUAGGCAUAAAGAUCAAGUGUUUUUCUAGUGUAUGUGUCAUCACUGAUAUUUGCUUACACAAGAUUAUCAAAGUCUUAUCUCUUAUUCGAAGAAAAGGAUUCAAUAUUUGUUCAAAAUCUAAGAUAUGAACGUAGGAUUUAAGGUUUAAGUUACUAGUUUCUUCUAUCAUUAUUGGGGGGAUUUUUUUUUAGGCAAGAAGAAAUUAGAAAAGCUAAAAUGUGUACUUAUGCUGAAUUUUUGUCAUGCAGAGGCUCUAGGUAUUUUGCAAGUUUUCAGAAGUCCCGUUUUCUUUUAUCUUCUAGGGACACUCAGUUGCAUGUCACACAAAGGGCCUCCUUUGAUUUACCCAAAAGGUCUGACUUGGUUUCUGGAAAAACUCUUUAGCGCAUCAAAUACUCGUUGAGGGCAAGUGUUGUUUCUAAACUUGACUCUUGUGGUGAGAGAUUCCAGAAAGAAAUUGGAAAUUGAAGAUUUAAAGAAUGUUGUUUUAAAAUAUUCUAACUUGAAAGAAUGAUGCCAGAAACUUAAAAAGGGGCUGUGCAGAGUAGCAGGGGCCCUGGAGGGCGGGGCCUGAAUCCUGAUUGCCCUUCUGCUGGGAGGACACACGCAGCCAAAGAUGAAUUUGGGAAAAGUAGCCGCUUGCUACUUUAACUAUGGAAGAGCGGGGCCACAUUGAGAUGGAAAUAAUCCCAUCAGAGUCUCACCCCCACAUUCAAUUACUGAAAAGCAAUCGGGAACUUCUGGUCACUCACAUCCGCAACACUCAGUGUCUGGUGGACAACUUGCUGAAGAAUGACUACUUCUCGGCCGAAGAUGCGGAGAUUGUGUGUGCCUGCCCCACCCAGCCCGACAAGGUCCGCAAAAUUCUGGACCUGGUACAGAGCAAGGGCGAGGAGGUGUCCGAGUUCUUCCUCUACUUGCUCCAGCAACUCGCAGAUGCUUACGUGGACCUCAGGCCUUGGCUGCUGGAGAUUGGCUUCUCCCCUUCCCUGCUCACUCAGAGCAAGGUCGUGGUCAACACUGACCCAGUGAGCAGGUACACCCAGCAGCUGCGACACCAUCUGGGCCGUGACUCCAAGUUCGUGCUGUGCUAUGCCCAGAAGGAGGAGCUGCUGCUGGAGGAGAUCUACAUGGACACCAUCAUGGAGCUGGUUGGCUUCAGCAAUGAGAGCCUGGGCAGCCUGGACAGCCUGGCCUGCCUCCUGGACCACACCACCGGCAUCCUCAAUGAGCAGGGUGAGACCAUCUUCAUCCUGGGCGAUGCUGGGGUGGGCAAGUCCAUGCUGCUGCAGCGGCUGCAGAGCCUCUGGGCCACGGGCUGGCUAGACGCAGGGGUCAAAUUCUUCUUCCACUUUCGCUGCCGCAUGUUCAGCUGCUUCAAGGAAAGUGACAGGCUGUGUCUGCAGGACCUGCUCUUCAAGCACUACUGCUACCCAGAGCGGGACCCCGAGGAGGUGUUUGCCUUCCUGCUGCGCUUCCCCCAUGUGGCCCUCUUCACCUUCGACGGCCUGGACGAGCUGCACUCGGACUUGGACCUGAGCCGUGUGCCUGACAGCUCCUGCCCCUGGGAGCCUGCCCACCCCCUGGUCUUGCUGGCCAACCUGCUCAGUGGGAAGCUGCUCAAGGGGGCUAGCAAGCUGCUCACGGCCCGCACGGGCGUCGAGGUCCCACGCCAGUUCCUGCGGAAGAAGGUGCUUCUCCGGGGCUUCUCCCCUAGCCACCUGCGCGCCUAUGCCAGGAGGAUGUUCCCCCAGCGGGCUCUGCAGGACCGCCUGCUGAGCCAGCUGGAGGCCAACCCCAAUCUGUGCAGCCUGUGCUCUGUGCCCCUCUUCUGCUGGAUCAUCUUCCGGUGUUUCCAGCACUUCCGUGCUGCCUUUGAAGGCUCACCACAGCUGCCCGACUGCACAAUGACCCUGACGGACGUCUUCCUCCUGGUCACUGAGGUCCAUCUGAACAGGAUGCAGCCCAGCAGCCUGGUGCAGCGGAACACACGCAGCCCAGUGGAGACCCUCCGCGCCGGCCGGGACACUCUGUGCUCGCUGGGGCAGGUGGCCCACUGGGGCAUGGAGAAGAGCCUCUUUGUCUUCACCCAGGAGGAGGUGCAGGCCUCCGGGCUGCAGGAGAGAGACAUGCAGCUGGGCUUCCUGCGGGCUUUGCCGGAGCUGGGCUCCGGGGGUGACCAGCAGUCCUAUGAGUUUUUCCACCUCACCCUCCAGGCCUUCUUUACAGCCUUUUUCCUCGUGCUGGACGACAGGGUGGGCACUCAGGAGCUGCUCAGGUUCUUCCAGGAGUGGAUGCCCCCUGGGGGGGCAGCGACCGCGUCCUGUUAUCCUCCCUUCCUCCCGUUCCAGUGCCUGCGGGGCAGCGGUCUGGCGCGGGAAGACCUCUUCAAGAACAAGGAUCACUUCCAGUUCACCAACCUCUUCUUGUGCGGGCUGUUGUCCAAAGCCAAACAGAAACUCCUGCGGCACCUAGUGCCCGCGGCAGCCCUGAGGAGGAAGCGCAAGGCCCUGUGGGCACACCUGUUUUCCAGCCUGCGGGGCUACCUGAAGAGCCUGCCCCGCGUUCAGGUCGAAAGCUUCAACCAGGUGCAGGCCAUGCCCACGUUCAUCUGGAUGCUGCGCUGCAUCUACGAGACACAGAGCCAGAAGGUGGGGCAGCUGGCGGCCAGGGGCUUCUGCGCUAACUACCUCAAGCUGACCUACUGCAACGCCUGCUCGGCCGACUGCAGCGCCCUCUCCUUCGUCUUGCAUCACUUCCCCAAGCGGCUGGCCCUGGACCUAGACAACAACAAUCUCAACGACUAUGGCGUGCGGGAGCUGCGGCCCUGCUUCAGCCGCCUCACUGUUCUCAGACUCAGCGUAAACCAGAUCACUGAUGGUGGGGUAAAGGUGCUAAGCGAAGAGCUGACCAAAUACAAAAUUGUGACAUAUUUGGGUUUAUACAACAACCAGAUCACCGAUGUCGGAGCCAGGUACGUCACCAAAAUCCUGGAUGAAUGCAAACGCCUCACGCAUCUUAAACUGGGAAAAAACAAAAUAACGAGUGAAGGAGGGAAGUGUCUCGCCCUGGCUGUGAAGAACAGCAAAUCAAUCUCUGAGGUUGGGAUGUGGGGCAAUCAAGUUGGGGAUGAAGGAGCAAAAGCCUUUGCAGAGGCUCUGCGGAACCACCCCAGCUUGACCACCCUGAGUCUUGCGUCCAACGGCAUCUCCACAGAAGGAGGAAAGAGCCUUGCGAGGGCCCUGCAGCAGAACACGUCUCUAGAAAUACUGUGGCUGACCCAAAAUGAACUCAACGAUGAAGUGGCAGAGAGUUUGGCAGAAAUGUUGAAAGUCAACCAGACGUUAAAGCAUUUAUGGCUUAUCCAGAAUCAGAUCACAGCUAAGGGGACUGCCCAGCUGGCAGAUGCGUUACAGAGCAACACUGGCAUAACAGAGAUUUGCCUAAAUGGAAACCUGAUAAAACCAGAGGAGGCCAAAGUCUAUGAAGAUGAGAAGCGGAUUAUCUGUUUCUGAGAGGAUGCUUUCCUGUGCAUGGGGUUUUUGCCCUGGAGCCUCAGCAGCAAAUGCUACUCUGGGCAGUCUUUUGUGUCAGUGUCUUAAAGGGGCCUGUGGAGGUGGGACUAUCAGGAGUCCACUGCCUCCAUGAUGCAAGCCAGCUUCCUGUGCAGAAGGUCUGGUCGGCAAACUCCCUAAGUACCCGCUACAAUGCUGCAGAAAAAGAAUGUGUCUUGUGAGCUGUUGUAGUUACAGUAAAUACACUGUGAAGAGACUUUAUUGCCUAUUAUAAUUAUUUUUAUCUGAAGCUAGAGGAAUAAAGCUGUGAGCCAAACAGAGGAGGACAGCCUCAGCUCAUUCCAACGCCUGCCAUAGAGACCAACGGGAGCGAGUUGGUCACCGCUGUUUUCAUUGAAGAGUUGAGGAUGUGGCACAAAGUUGGUGCCAAGCUUCUUGAAUAAAACGUGUUUGAUGGAUUAGUAUUAUACCUGAAAUAUUUUCUUCCCUCUCAGCACUUUCCCAUGUAUUGAUACUGGUCCCACUUCACAGCUGGAGAUACCAGGGUAUGUGCAGUGUGGGAUUUGACUCCUCCAAGGUUUUGUGGAAAGUUAAUGUCAAGGAAAGGAUGCACCACAGGCUUUUAAUUUUAAUCCUGGAGUCUCACUGUCUGCUGGCAAAGAUAGAGAAUGCCCUCAGCUCUUAACUGGUCUAAGAAUGACGAUGCCUUCAAAAUGCUGCUUCCACUCAGGGCUUCUCCACUGCUAGGCUACCCUCCUCUGGAAGGCUGAGUACCAUGGGCUACAGUGUCUGGCCUCAGGAAGAAGUGAUUCUGUCCCCCCAAAGAAACAGGGCAUGGCUUGCCUUUGUGGCCCUGGCAUCCAAAUGGCUGCUUUUGUCUCCCUUACCUCGUGAAGAGGGGACGUCUCUUCCUGCCUCCCGAGCAAUUGAAGGGUGACUAAACUGGCGCCAAGACUCAGGGGAUCGGCUGGGAACUGGGCCAGCAGAGCAUGUUGGACACCCCCCACCAUGGUGGGCUUGUGGUGGCUGCUCCAUGAGGGUGGGGGUGAUAUUACUAGAUCACUUGUCCUCUUGCCAGCUCAUUUGUUAAUAAAAUACUGAAAACACU